CGGCUGCGGGGGCGAAGCUUCCUCCGGCGGGGGCCUUCGCGUCGGUGGCCGCGGGGCCUCUCCUGCGCGCCCAGGGUCACCGUCCCCGAAGCCCGGCGGCGCGGCCCUCGUCCCCCUCCCCGCCCCCCAUCCGUCUCCUUCUCGCUCCCUUCAGCCGUCCUCCUCGCCACCGCCUCUGCCGUUCCUCAGGCGGCCCGGCCCGGCCCGCCCGCCCCGCGUCCCCUCCGGCCGGUGCCUCUCCCCCCGGCGGGCUGCCUGCAUGUCUUUGCUGCACUCAGUCCCGCCGCCACCGCCGCCGCCGCCUCCCCCGCCGCCGCAGCACCAGCACCAGCCGCCCCGCCGCCGCCGCCGCCGCCGCCGCCCGGACCCCGGCGCGCUGAAUGCAGACUAAUAGGGAUGCCAAAGGAAAAAUAUGAUCCUCCAGAUCCUCGCAGAAUUUAUACCAUCAUGUCAGCAGAGGAGGUAGCCAAUGGGAAAAAAUCUCACUGGGCAGAAUUAGAAAUCUCGGGUAGAGUGCGGAGCUUAAGUACGUCACUUUGGUCAUUGACACACUUGACAGCACUGCACCUAAAUGACAAUUACCUUAGUCGCAUUCCACCUGAUAUUGCCAAGCUUCAUAAUCUGGUUUACCUGGAUCUGUCAUCCAAUAAACUCAGAAGUUUACCAGCAGAACUAGGAAACAUGGUGUCUCUCAGGGAAUUGCUUUUAAAUAACAAUCUGUUACGGGUUUUGCCUUAUGAACUUGGUCGGCUCUUCCAGCUACAAACUCUAGGUUUGAAAGGCAAUCCUUUAUCACAGGAUAUUCUCAAUUUAUACCAGGACCCAGAUGGAACCCGAAAGCUACUGAACUUCAUGCUUGACAAUCUUGCAGUUCAUCCAGAGCAGCUUCCUCCGAGGCCAUGGAUUACAUUAAAAGAACGAGACCAAAUUCUGCCAUCAGCAUCAUUCACAGUUAUGUGUUACAAUGUGUUAUGUGAUAAAUACGCCACCCGGCAGCUAUAUGGCUAUUGCCCAUCCUGGGCAUUAAACUGGGAAUACAGGAAAAAGGGAAUUAUGGAAGAAAUUGUUAACUGUGAUGCAGAUAUCAUUAGUCUUCAGGAAGUGGAAACAGAGCAAUACUUCACUCUCUUUCUGCCAGCAUUGAAGGAGCGUGGAUAUGAUGGAUUUUUUUCUCCAAAGUCACGUGCCAAAAUAAUGUCUGAGCAGGAGAGAAAGCAUGUGGAUGGUUGUGCAAUAUUCUUCAAAACAGAAAAAUUUACAUUGGUGCAGAAGCAUACAGUGGAAUUUAACCAAGUGGCAAUGGCUAAUUCAGAUGGAUCCGAAGCUAUGUUGAACAGAGUGAUGACAAAAGAUAAUAUUGGUGUCGCUGUGGUAUUAGAGGUCCACAAAGAACUAUUUGGAGCAGGUAUGAAGCCUAUUCAUGCUGCAGACAAACAGCUGCUUAUAGUGGCAAAUGCCCACAUGCAUUGGGACCCAGAGUAUUCUGAUGUGAAACUCAUCCAGACCAUGAUGUUUGUCUCAGAGGUUAAAAACAUUCUGGAGAAGGCCUCUAGUAGGCCUGGCAGCCCAACCGCAGAUCCUAAUUCCAUCCCGCUGGUGCUAUGUGCAGAUCUUAACUCAUUGCCAGAUUCAGGUGUUGUGGAAUAUUUAAGCAAUGGAGGAGUAGCUGACAACCAUAAAGACUUCAAGGAACUAAGGUACAAUGAGUGUCUUAUGAACUUCAGCUGCAAUGGAAAGAAUGGAAGCUCAGAAGGGAGAAUCACACAUGGCUUCCAACUGAAGAGCGCCUAUGAAAAUAACUUGAUGCCUUACACCAAUUACACCUUUGAUUUCAAAGGCGUGAUUGACUACAUUUUCUAUUCCAAGACUCAUAUGAACGUGCUUGGUGUCCUGGGGCCUUUAGAUCCUCAAUGGCUGGUUGAGAACAACAUCACUGGGUGUCCACACCCUCACAUCCCUUCAGACCACUUCUCACUGUUAACACAACUUGAACUCCACCCUCCACUCCUGCCUCUUGUCAAUGGUGUUCACUUGCCUAAUCGGAGGUAGUGGAGUACUGCCCCGCAAAGACGGGGAUCUGUUGCUAUGGACCUGUACAGUUGUAAAUCAAAGUAUGUAGGAGUGAAGUAUGGCCAUCCUUAAGCUGCUUCUUCAGGUUUCUUUCAUUAUGUGUUUGCUAUAAGAUUUUGUACAUUUUUGUGCAUAUCGGUAUCAUUUGGCACUAGGGCUGGAACCAAAGUAAUAUUCUCUUUCCAAAUUUUUAAUUUAACGUAUUUUUAAAUUGGACCUUCAUAGAGUCAGCAUUCAUAAUUGAUAAAUCAACAUUUCAAGGCCCAACAGCAGUGUAUUUGUUUUUCCAAGACAAAUACUUUCUUUUGAAUGGUUUCAAAUGAGCCAACCAUUUUUGUAAAACGCAAUUUUUAAAAACUAUAAAUACAAGAUUUUAAACUGAAUGAUGGCAUGCCUUUCAGGGGAAACUUUCUUGAAUUUCUGUUUUCCAUUAUAACAAACUGAUUUUUGGCUCCCCAAGUUAUUUGCACAUUAACAAAGCACUUAAAUUUGCUAGAUCUGUACAGAAACUAUGAUAUAGCCUUUAGCCAUAAUAAGAAAAAUUGAGAAAUUAAAGAUGGUUGCACAAUAUGCUUUCAAAAUCAGGCAUUUAACAGCACAUGACAGUUUGUUGGGGGAAAUGCUGGGUUUUUUUUGGUUUUUUUUUUUUUGAGGAAUCGCUCUAUAUUCUCUUCCCCUGUUAGUUAAAACCUUAUUAGAAGUAUUAAUUCUAAGCCUGUCUCUCCAAGUUAAUUUAUAGGGAAACACUGGGUGAUUUUGACUGCCACACAUCUUGAAAAUAGAAUUUGGUAUAUUUAGGAUGCCCACAAAAUUAGUGUCCACUAUUUUUCAUUAUCCCCAUCUACCCUUUUCUGCUUGAUUGUGCUGGAAAAACAGAUAUUAUAUGAUCUGUAUAGCUUUUGCCCUUAUAGUCAAAUGUUAAAAAAAAAACUGCUGAAUGAAAAGUCCCUGGUCAAAGUUUUAGAAGGGGAAGGCUGUACAAAUAGUUCAUGUGUUUCCCAAAGUAGGUCAAGUGGCUGUUGGUUUUGGCUUGUGGAGGUGACAAUGGAAAGAAUUUGGGGGAGAGAGAGAACAGGGAGUAGUUGAAAGCCUGGGAUCAUUUUUCCUGACUCUAGUUGCCAAAUGGCCAUUAUAUGCUUUUAAUCUUUGUUUCCGUUGUCUGUCAGGGUUGAAUUAAGAAGCUACUGGUUUAUUCCCAACUGUCGAUGCUCUUUAGUUAUGUUGGAAUCCUUUUUUUGCCCAGGAGGGGCCAGUUGGAAAUCUGUGACUCAAGAGGCAGUGAACGUAAUACCGUUUUCUGGGGGAAAAAUUGGUUGGCUACUUGAUGUUAAUUAUGGCACAGUAACAGGAAAAGGUUGUGUCUGUGUUUUUAAGUUUUUCUUUAUUCUGCUUUUUUGCUGCUAUAAGAGUUUUCUGAAAUUUAUAUUUUAAACUUUUCAUGCACUUUACUGUUUCUAGUCUCAAAAUGUGAUAUUUUUAAUAAACAAAUUUUCCAUUAUGUGAAUGAAAUUUUAAAAGAAAAUAGCCUAUAUUUGUGUCUCACUAAUAUAUAAAGUACAGGUCAAAUUUAAAUUAUUUAAUUAGUUUUAAAUACAUACAAUUUGUCUCCUCUUUCAAACCUGACAUCUUAGGCUGUUUUAUUAGUCUUAAAUGAUGCAUUUUCUUUGGUCGUUUUAUAAUAAUUUCUCCCAUAGUAAAUUAAUCAGGCUAUAUAAGAUAAUGUUUCCUUGGAAAGGUAAUUUUAGUGGGACGAGAGUGUGGAAUGAUGUAAUAUCAUAUAUGGGAUUGCAUCAGAAGGGUUCUAUAAAGCCUAAACUCCCUUUUAAAAGUGCCUAGUGAUAGAGGCGUUGUUUGUCAUCUAUUAUAAUUGGAAUGUCAUUGUAGUUGAAUGAAGUUUAAUGUAAAUAAAAUAUUAUUUUAAAAAUGUUAAAGUACCAGAAUAAACAAAUAAACAAAGAGACAACCCUUAAGAUGACAGAUUUUCCUCAACGUGCAGGUAUCCCUUCUUAUAUACCUCAAGCAUUCAACAUCUAGCCAUGCAAACUGAUUACCUGAAGCAUAGUACUGGAAAGUAGAAUAGCAUGAAAAACUUAAUUUUGUGGACAUUACCUUUUUUUGUAAUCAGCUACUGUAUGUUUCAUUUUAAAUCUUUUGUUUUGGGUGGGUUUUCUGCUCUGGAGGUAUAUGCACUAACAAAACAUUUUCCUCCUUUCAUAUACGCAUGUUAAUUAGCAAUGUGAGCAAUAUUUCCUACCAUACUUCACUCCCAAUAUUUUUUGAGAUGUUUGUAUAAAAUGGAAUUUAAAGUUCACUUAUGAUUGUAUAUGAACCACAGAGGAGCCCAUUUAUUAAUAAAAAACUUUUUUAAUAGUUAAAUGUAGAGGGAAAAAAAUAAAAAAAAAUUGGGAAACAUUGUAAACAGCUUAAGUUUAUUUUGUGUAUGAUCGAGGCACUCUGUUGCAGGAAGGUGUGUAAUUGGGUUCUCUCUGCUUCCAAAUGCACUCUUUCAAACCAUUCAUUAUCCUGUGUAUUUUUAAUGUGGUUUUAGUAAAUGUUGGUAGUAGCUCUGUUGAAGUAGGUAAUUGUGUUAUGUUUUGGGUGGCACACACACUUGGGGCAUGGUAACCCAGAUUUCAUGUGCACGGUUCCCCUUGAGCCCACUGCCCAAAUUUCACACACCCUUCACCCUUUGUUCCCUUUGUAAAAGGAGUAGUAUCUGUUUUGAGCUGCCAAUUCAGAUGAUCAGAAAUGCUGCUCUCCUCAGUAUUGUCUUGUUAAAACGCAUGCCAUUUGGAACUUUGGCAGUGAGAAGCCAAAAGGAAGAGGUGAAUGACAUAUGGUAUAUAUUCAAUGAAAGUGAAAUAUUUAUGCUCAUAUACUUUCUAGUUCUCAGAAUAAGUUAAAUAAGCUUUAUACCAAGGGGCUGCUGCAUAUUUUAUCUGAAGAUAAAAGAAAAUUUGGGCAUUUUUAGAUUGUGAUAAUGUGUUUUUUUUUAACUGUUAAAUAUGAUUUCUAGUAUUUGUCUAAGAACUGGAGUGUUCUUUAAAUUUAUUAAAACAGUGUUGUUUGAGGAAGGGAAAGCUGCACUGUUUGCCGUUACAGCAGUCAUCCAAGUGCAUGUCAAGUCACCCACUCUCUCAGGCAUCAGUAUCCGCCUCAUAGCUUUACACAUUUUGAUGGGGAAUAUUGCAGCAUCCUCAGGACUGACAUCUGGGAAAGGCUCAAAUCCACUUACUGCUCCUUGCUUGUUGACUUUGUUUUAAAAUAUUGUGCCUGGUGUCAACUUUUAAGCAACAGCACUGCCUAAAAGCAAGCAGAGAACAGAAUCCCAGCACCAUUCUAUAGGCAACUUUUUAGAAUUCAGAUAUAGUAAAUCUGUUCAAGAUUUAUGAUGUUUUAUGUAAAAAAAAAUUUUGUACAACGUAGCUGAAUAUUUUUGUUUCAUUUCUUUGAUGUAAGGCGUGUGAACGUUCGUUUGAAUAUCACGUGUUAAAGUCAGGUAUGGCACAAUGGGUUCUGAGACCAGCUUUUCCUCCCUCCCAUUUGCCUUGUUCCAAGCUCUUUUUUUUCAAAUUACUUUUCUGAUAUUCAUAGGCAAAUAUUUAAUUUUACUAAUAAGCAUCCUGUGUGAAUGUAUUAAAGAAGCCACUGUGUUUUAGUGUUGUAGUUUGCAGAAAUAUAAAGCUUCAUUUCUUAUUUGUCCCUAUUCCUUGGUGUUUUAAAGUUCUAUAUUAAAUCACAGAGAAGCAAGGGAGAAAGUUGAAAGAGAUCUAAGGCUCAUAUCACUUGAUUCUGUGAUGGGUUAUAUUAGAAUUGAGGAUGUGGCACAUUAAAACUGGAACAUGGGCAAACAUAUUGUGUUCCAUUUUAAAAUGGUAUCUCCUAAGCAUACAUUGUUAAAUGGGUGAAAAAUUGUUUGUAUUUGCAUUUCCAGGAAUUUCUAAAAGUCACUAAUGGCAUCUGUACUUUCAAAUAAAAUAGCAAGGAGUAGAGAAAGCACAAGAAAAAAUAGGUUAAAUGUGUUCUUUGAUGGAACCAGAGGUAUAUCAUUCAUCAUUCUUAAUACAAGGCUAGAUUUUCUAGCAAUAAAAAUUGACUGUGUCCCAAUACUUACUUAUUUGUUUUUAAGGUCUUGUAUUCUGAGUUCCUGAGGGAUUUUAAUAGCUUUGUAAAAGGCACUGACUGAUCAGUAGCUUUGGUCUCAGAAAAUGUCAUCAGUUUCUGAUACAUUUGGCAGCCAUAAGAAUAUGGUUUUGUAGCAAGCAAAGACCUUUUUGGCACGUUUUCAAAAUAGCACUCAUAUACAGUUAUAUUUUGACAGAAAUGUGAAUUCUCACAUUUGUAGGGUAUUCUCUGUCUCUCCCACCUGCCCUCACCUUUAAAAACAAUCACCUUUCUAAUGUAUAGAUUUGUUUAAGCUUUUCCUUCUGAAUUGUAUCGUGUUUGUAGUACUCUGUGAAUUAUAGGUAGACAAAUUAACUAGGGAAAUUAGAAUAUUUUUCUAAGUCAGGAACUUCAACUAUAGUUUUGAAUUUGUAGACAGAUGAGAACUUUUAUACUUGUGGUUGCUUUAGGUGAUUUUAAUUUUCUAACAGCAUCAUGAUCACCAAAUUUGAAUUCAAACAUAAGUAAAUUAGUACAUCUUCAACCUGGCGUAUUUACCAAAGUUGUAAUCUGUUUAUGAAGAGGAUGCCACAGGCAUCUUUCAUUUUACAGAAUGAAAUGCAAAUCUUUAUUGUGUGAGUGUCACCUUAAAGUUUAAGGGUAAAAAGAAAAAAGAAAGCCCACAUAUUUUUACUUCAGGGUGUUCUGAACAAAAUCCACAGAAAGAAAGAGAGAAAAAAAGAACACUUCUUUUCAGGAAGGUGGUAGGGGGGAGCAUGCAUGUUUCUUGUUUUAACCAAAUACCUUCUUUAUGUAAGUUUCUCUCUUAAAUCACAAGUCCUACAGCAAGAAGUAUGGAGAUACUAGGAAAAGCCAGCUUUAUUAACCUAGUUAGUUAUUUCUUUUGGCAUAAGUUUGUUUGGUUAGACUUGGGUUAUUCUUGGAACCGAAGGAAAACAAGCAUGUUGAGGUUUUAGUCAACAAACAUUAUGACAUCUAACUAGUGGAAUGUUUUUAAGUAAAAUAGCUUUCACUUUCAAACCCUAUGAAAUAAGGACAUUUCUGCCUAUUAAAUGUUAAUUUUUUAUGGCACAUAGCAUAAAAUCAUCAUCAUACUGAAAUUAGCAGUGUGUCAUCAGAAAUAUGAAAAGGGUGUGCACAUGCCAAGUGAUAUGACUCUUUUGGCACAGCAUGGUAUAUUCAGCUUUCAGACAAUUUGAGGAGACAUAGUUUGGCGCCUAUUAGUAGUAGUUUUGUUAUAACAGUCUCCCUGAAUUUAGAUGAUUUUUGUUUGUAUGUCUGUCACUUUUAACUCAAAAACAUAAGAGUCAUAGUAGCCCUCUCAGAAGUGGUCCUUUCUUGCUCAUUUCAGUUUUGUGUUUAUUUCUAAUUACUAAGGUAUGACUGUAUUUUCUUUCAAGCUUUCAAUGGUUACAUGUACCACAUUUGUUUAAUUGGUUACCUUAACACACAAUUGGCUCACCCUUGAUAUGUCAAACAAUUGCUUUGCUUCUUAUGAACAGGCUUAGUUUCCUGCUACUUGUUUCAAUCUUGAUGCAGUAAGUGAUGCAGUAGUCUGGGUGUGUAUUUAUUCCGAAACUGUACUGUCCUUUCUUUGUGCUUAACUUGCUAAAAAUAUAUUUGCUUACCUGUGAAAUUCCUGAGCGGUGCUCUGCCAACUUUUGGGGGGGAGGCGUUUGGAUUGCUGUGUUACUGCACACUGGAUCUGGAAUUGUUCAGUGUUGUGAGUGGCAAAUUUCUUAAACACCAGCAGCACUGAGAAGUGCACUAUGGGCAUUCGUACAGUUGUCCAAAUGCAAGCAAUUCUUUCAUCUAGGAGAAACUGAGGAAUAGAAUUCAUUGGAGUACUUGGAAUAUUUCGAGGAGGAUAAACGUUUCAGCUUUGGUUUUUGUCGUCUCUGGAGUUGGGUGGUAUGGAGGGAGUUUUUUUUUUUUUUUUUUUAAGAGAGAGUGUGAAUGUAUUUUUUCUCUCUGAAAGGGCCAGGGUGUUGGUUGAAUACACCAUGGAUUAAUUUAUAUCUUAUGUUAUGAUUUCUUUCAACCAUAAAACAAGUGCCAACUAAUUGUCCAUGAGACGAUCUAUUCUUCCACUCAGUUUAACCAUUUGAAUGGGGGGGGUUCAUUUAUUUUCAUUACUUGGCGUUAAAUUAAUAAUGCAUUAGUUUGCGUACAUUUGAGUCAUUCUGUGGCCUAUAAAGUGUUUUUGUAACUAAUUUAAUGGUUGGAAAGCAAAGCACAUGAGUUUAAAACUGAGCAAGAUGUUUUGGUAAUUUUUCCCCUGAAUACUUGGUAGUUUCUACUGAUACUAUUCCAAAACAAAUUCUACUGUUUUAGAGUGUGUAUUUACUUUGCUUUUGUCCUAAGAAAAAGCCAAGCACUAAAUCAAUUUGUUAUUGUGUUCCAAUAAUCAGUUUAAAAUCUAAGAUUUUCUUUCUUUUUUUUAAAUUAGAAGAUUUAAUGAAGUGCCAUGUAAUUAUAGCUUACUAGUGUUUAAUGUUUAAUAGACUGGUUCUGUGGUGUUCUAAUCAUUUAACACUCUGUCAUCCCUGGAGAAAGUGAUUCUACUCAUAUUGAACACAUUCUCUCUGACAAAAUCACCAGCUGCUUUAUUUUUCUAUUUAUUACAGUUAAACAGUUGAUGAGGUCUGAAUCUUGACCAAACUGCUCAGCUGAGAUGUUUUUCACUAUAAACACUGUACAAAAUGUGCGUGCAAAAGGACACAGUUGGGUGGUAGUAUUUUUUCAUUAAUGUGAACAUUGACUAAACAAAGCAGUCCUGCCUUUUAAAUCUUGUGGCAGCUCAGAAGGGAGGUGCUUAAGAACCUUAACUACUAUGUCAGAUGACAAAAUACUUUUUUCCAUUUUGGAGAUUGGGUACUGCUCACACAUGAUGUAUAGGGCUAAAUAUAUGCUUGUUUCCUUGCACCUGUGUACUUCCCCUUCUCUCCCUCCCUUUCCUUCCCCUGUAGGCAAUAAAUGGCCAUUUUGCAACUGCA